CAGUACAAGUUAAUGAAGUUAAUGGAAAGAUAAUAUUUCAGGAAGGUGGCCUACGAGCAUUAUAUAGAGGAUUCUGGCCAAAUAUGUUGGGCAUGAUACCCUAUGCAGGAUUUUCCUUCUAUACGUUUGAGAAAUUAAAAUACCUAUGCUUGAAAUACGCACCACAGUAUCUUUGUUCUGAAUAUAAAACAACUGAUAGUCUUAUAUUAAAUAUACCAGCAAAACUUUUAUGUGGAGGCGCGGCCGGUGCUGUAGCGCAUACUUUCUCUUAUCCAUUGGAUGUUACAAAAAGACGCAUGCAAUUGGCAAUGAUGAAUCCAACUACAUAUAAAUAUGCGUAAGUAAUAUGAUAUACAACAAUAUUCUACAAGAAUUUUAACCUUGCAAAUUAAACGGCUCUCUUGUGUUUAAUCUUACAAUACUUUUUUUAAUUACUAUCGUUAUUGU